AUGUCCCCACGUGCCCAACGCGCUGGGCGACGCGGUGGGCCCUGCUCCGCGGCGGGGAGCCCGGCAGCGAAAUCCCCUCCGGAGACAGUGGGGGAGAGGGAUCAGGACCGACAGGCGGAGGAGGAGACGAUGGCAGAGUUGAUGGCGGGGGCGACUGCACACCUGGAGCCUCCUCCGCCCUCAGAUACCCCAUCACCUCCCACGGGAUUGGGAUGCGCCUCCCGCCAAGAAACAGCUGCGGGCAUCCCAAUGGCGCCGGCGACGGAGCAGCCGAUGAGGAGGGCUGAGGUGCAGGAGACGCCGAGGGGCGAGGCGGCGGCGGCGGCUGCGGUGGAAAGGGGAAACGUCGCAGCGGCGACUGCGCCGGUGGAGAUGGUGGGGGAAGCGGCUGCUGCCGCGGAGGUGCCAGAGGAGGCUGUGACGGCAUUGGGGCGGGCUGGCAGAACUGACGCCGUUUUUGGCGGCGGCUCAACUUCACGUUCUUCCAACCACCAGGGGGCACAACAGCAGACGCUGGAGCUGGGUCUGGCGGUGGAUCGGGAACCGUCCGAGGCGGUGACGUUGUCUGCGUCACCAGCGCCGGUACCGGCAGCGGUGUUGGCUGCGGCGAUGACUGCUGCGACCGCGGCAGGGAACCUGGCCGACGCCUCGAUCGAGGGGGAGGCAUCGGUGGCCGCUGUGAGCGCCGGAACAUCUGCUGCUGCCGAGGGCGCAGACACGCAGGAGCGCGACCAGGCGGCGAGCGGAAGACAGGGUCACGGGACCGGCGCCCCUGGACGCGCCGCUCACGGGAGGGGCGGGAGGAAGCUCCGUGCCCAGCCAGCGCCGAGGCGGCCCGGAGCAGGGCUGGGGCCUCGCGCCCCAGGACCCCUCCGGGGCUGGAGUGAGCAAGAGCAGUCGCCACUAUCGCCAGAGCGUCGACCUCCAUCUGUGGGACAAGAAAGAGGGGAAGGCGACGAGGAAGCUGACGUCAGGCACGUGGCAGGACACAACGCCCCGGAGGCAGCGACUACACAAGGCCCACAGCGGGAAACACGGAGCUCUACACGCUCACAAGGAAUUACAUGGGGCCGUCCGAGACUGGGACUGGCACACUCACCGUGGAUCCCGGCGGGAAGAGAGCCACAGGUCGGACGAGGGGGGCAGAAUGACGCAAGCCGGACCGGGGAAGGAGCGCCGAGCCGUGGGGCCCGAGGAGGAGGACGCGGGGCAAGAGGGGAAAGAAGGGGCGGGGGCGCAAUCGUCGGCGGAAGGGAGGCGCUUGUGAGAUCAGGAACGUGGAGGGAACGCCACGAUCGCCCGGAGCAGGAGGUGCCACCGACGAAUCAGGAGGAGAGGGACACUGGGAAUGGGGAGGACGGGGGGGAUUAUGUAGCCGAGACCCCCGAAAACUCAGAAGAGAUCUCGCUAGAGGAGGAGGGAGACACUACAGGAAGAGAGAGGGGACGGAGGGAGAUUGGGAGAAACCCCCAGGACAGAAACCCCGGUGCAUGGGUGAUCCUGCAAUUCCUCCCGAGGCUGACCUUGCGGCCCCUUCCCGAACCAGUUCAAGGAAGUCGGUGGGUUGGGAUUGAGGGAAGGCUGCACCGGUUCCAGCAAGGCAGCUGGGCGGAACAUUUCGAGGAGGCUAGGGUCAUCCCCGAUACGGAGAACCCGUCACGCCACCAAGCGGAUGACGCUGGACUCUGUGCUAGGGCGGAAGGACUUAUGAAGAAGGGUAACAUCUCGAAGGCAGUUGCGGCGUUACGCGCAACCCCACUCGCCGAGGCCACACCAGCGACACUCGCCGCGCUGCAGGCGAAACACCUCGAUGCUGCAUCGCCCCCGGCAAUGUUCGUUUCUGGCUACACUCAUUCGGAGCUGCGGGUAACACCAGACGACCUUCGCGAAAUACUCAAGCGAUGCCCGAACGGAGUGGGAGCAGGCCCAUCAGACGCAGGCGGUCCGCGAUUUGCUACUGCCCUCGAGACUCAUCGCUCUGGAAAAACCGGGAGGGGGCGUUAG